AUGUUCAUGUUUCGUUUCUUCAUCAUUUCAUUUUUAUUUCUAGGAUCAAGAGUUGAGAAAACUAAUGCUCAAUUAUCUUAUAAAAAAGUCGGAAACAAACUCUUGUCUUAUUCAGAAAUAUUUGUUGAUCCAUCCGGACAUGAAAAUUUUAAUACAAUUCAAUCAGCAAUAGAUUCAAUUCCGUCCAACAAUAAACACUGGACGGCUAUAAGGGUUAAGGCCGGCACCUACAGAGAAAAAGUAGUUAUUCCAGAAGAUAAACCUUAUAUCUUAUUGAAAGGAUCAGGAAAGAAUAAAACUUUGGUUGAAUGGGAUGACCAUUCAGACUUAAGAAAUCCUACAUUUUCAUCAUUGGCUGACAAUAUUGUUGUCAAAGCUAUAAGCUUUAGGAACUCAUACAACAAUCCAAUAAAUAACAAACCUAAGUUACCUGCAGUAGCUGCAAUGGUAAGUGGUGACAAAACCUAUUUUUUCAGAGUUGGUUUUUAUGGUUAUCAAGACACUUUGUAUGACUCCAAAGGAAGACAUUACUAUAAGCUUUGUACAAUACAGGGCGCUGUAGAUUUUAUCUUUGGUGCAGGACAAUCUUUGUUUGAGAGGUGUUCCAUAAGUGUUAUUGGUGAAGGUUAUAUAACAGCACAAGGUAGAGAAAGUCCAAAUGAUUCAAGUGGAUUUGUUUUCAAAGAUUCACAUGUGUUUGGAAAUGCUACAACUUAUUUGGGAAGAGCUUGGAGACAAUAUGCAAGAGUUUUAUUUUACAAUACUAACUUGACCAAUGUUAUACAACCUUUGGGUUGGGAUUCAUGGAAUUUUUCUACUCGUGAGAAUCUAAUAACAUUUGCAGAAUAUGGGAAUUUUGGACCUAGUGCAGAUACAUCAAAACGAGUGGGUUGGGUUGAUAAACUUGAUAAAGCAACCAUUGAGAAUAUGGCAAGUGUGAACUUCAUUGACCACAAGAACGAAUGGAUUUAUAGUCAUCCAUACUAA